AUGGCCCCCGUCACCCGCCGUCGAAGUGCCUCGUCAACACCCCGCACGAAAGUCAUCACCAAAAGUGCCGCUGAUAUCAAUACUGCGAAUACUAUCGAUGAAGCAUUCUCGGAAGAAGAAAUCCGCAGAUGGGCUUUUCAGCAGUGGAGACUGGUUGUCGGAAUCUAUUGCAGCACUAUUCUUUUCGCUUUGAUAUUUAUUGCUCUCGGCCUCUUCGGUAUCUUCACCACCGUCAAGCAUUUUCCAGGCGCCCUUACGAACUCAAGAGGCACUGUUGGUUCUCAUCACAAUGCUUGGGACCUUUCCAGCAGAUUCAUGGCGAAACACAACCGUAGCGACAUCCUGCCCGAACUUGAUAAUUCCAUUCUGGAUGUCCACAGCGUGCUACUGCAGCUGAACGAAUCUACUGCCGACCUAGUCCAUUGGGCUAGCUAUUAUACCACGAUCGGCAUCGCAAAAUCAACCCGGAGACGAAUCCAUUGA